UGAAAUGCUUGUAAAACUAGAGCCAAAUUCCCUGAUAUCCUCAGCCAAUAAGCCUGCUGCAGAUAAGCUUCAUCCUGCUUGGAUCUCUAAAACAGCCCGCGGAGAAUUAGAUUCAAUAUCCAAAUCCCGCUCGUUUGAUUUUGGCCAACUAAGUGCCUCCCUAAUACCCAUUAAUUCGGCCUCCAACAAAGUCAAUUUUCCCGACCAAGGCGCUGCUACCCCUGCAAUGAAGGCACCAGUAUGAAUCCAACCUAGGCCACACCUAUCAGCUCGGAUCGAAGCAUCAGCAUUUAGUUUUAAACGCCCCUCACUUGGCCUCUUCCAACUGGAGAUACCGGGCUGCCUGGAAGAGAUUUGCAGCCUGCCAGUAUGCUGCGCUUGGAGCUAGCCCUCCACAAAAGAUGCUGCCCGCUGCAUGAUCUGCUUCUCCUCAGCUCUAGCACUGUUCCAUACUCGUUCGUUUCGCUCACACCAUAAACCCCAGAAGCUCUAAAUUAAUUUACAAAGGUCUUCUUCUUCUUAGAACUGAAAUUCAGCUACAGCCAUUCCUGAAAAGUGUUAGAGGACAGCCCCGUCCAACUCCAACCGACUAAGCCAAAUCAAUCCCAAAUGGCUUCUCUAACAAUUUAUGUCAAACAGGUAUAGGACCCAAAUGUGUAGAGACCCAUGGGCUUGACCUAAUCAAUGAUGGGCUGAUUAGGGUUAAGCACUCUUUAUAAAUAAGGGUUAUGGUCCCUAGUUGAACAUGUCAUUCCGUCUUUCUGCAUCCCAUCGUUAGAAAGAUAAUCCCGAGGGUGUGUAUCAGCUAGAAGACGCAAACCCUAGCCUCCGUCUCCCGGAUCCCUAAAGAUCAUCUCCCAUGGAGUCAGUCAACAAUUCUGCUGCUACAAUAUCUGCUAAUAUUAAUAGCAUCCCAGUGCUUAACGGCACGAAUUUUAAGGAAUGGAAAGAGAAUGUUAUGAUCGUUCUCGGUUGCAUGGAUCUAGACCUUGCACUUCGGACUGAGAAACCCGCCGCUCUUAAGGACACAUCUACCCUCGAUGAAAAGAGGGAGAUGGAGAGGUGGGAACGCUCAAAUCGCAUGAGAAUAAUGAUCAUGAAACGUGCAAUUCCAGAAUCAUUCAGGGGCACAAUGUCUGAUGAGGCUGGUGCCACAUCGUUCCUUGCCGAACUUGAAAAGCGUUUUGCUAAAAACGAAAAGGCGGAAACUAGUACUCUUUUGAGCACUCUUGUUUCCAUGAAGUAUAAAGGCAAAGGGAACAUAAGGGAGUACAUUUUGGAAAUGUCUCACAUUGCUUCAAAACUAAGUGCACUAAAGCUUAUUUUACCUGAGGAAUUGCUUGUGUAUUUAGUUUUGAUCUCUCUUCCUUCUCAAUUUAAUCAAUUUAAAGUCAGUUACAACUGCAUUAAGGAGAAAUGGUCUCUCAAUGAGAUCAUUUCUCAUUGUGUUCAAGAGGAAGAGAGAAUAAAGCAAGAUAAGACAGAAAGUGCUCAUUUGGCAUCUACCUCUAAGGGCAGCAAUAAAAGGAAAAUUAAGGAAGCUGCAAAUUCGGGGCCUCCCAGGAAGCAUCACAAGGAAACUAAGGAAGAAACUAAGGAAUCUGGAUGCUUCUUUUGCAAAGGGACUAAUCACAAGAAAAAGAACUGCACUAAGUAACAUGCUUGGCGUGCGAAAAAGGGGUUGCCUGAGCUGCCGAAAACCAAUUGAUGGUGAAAGAUACAUCUAUGUCGGUGAUGGAAAAUGGGUUGAAGUUGAGGCUAUCGGUGUUUUUAGAUUAUUAUUAAAGACUGGUUUUGAUUUGGAUUUGAAAGAGACAUUUGUUGUGCCGUCAUUUAGGCGGAAUUUAAUUUCUAUUUCUGCAUUGGACAAAUUUGGUUAUUCUUGUUCAUUUGGAAAUAAUCAGUUCAGUCUAUUUCAAGAUUCAAAA